CAAUAAUCAAUAGCAAAAGUAUUACAUGGUGAGACCUCCCCCCCUUUCCGCGCGCCUCCCACAACUCCACAAACAGCCGCGUGGCGUGCAAAAAGAAAAAGGAGAGAAAUGUCUUUACUCCAAAGUUGCAUCCGUGUUUGUAUGUUGUUCACCUUCUCCCGCUUGAUUGAAGAAACGCGCGGAUUCCAGCCCAUCCAUCACAUCCACCCCUCCCCUCUCUGCCCAAAUCUAGGAACUAGCGGCGGCUCAUUUUCUUGUCCAGUCUCUCCUGUGACACCGCGCGAGGCAGAAACUUCACACGCAGAAUCAGAAAGUUUUGUUGUUGUUUUUCCCGCCACGCAGAGAAAGUUAAAAUGAGUCGACUGGACGAAUUCUCCGAGGGCUAAAGUUGUGGAUGGUUACCUUUACGCGCAAACGUUUGGAGGAGUUUUGGAUCUCCAACGGCUUCGGCGCAACUGAAGCGCAAGUGCAAUUCUUCCCUUUGCGAAAAUAUCUCCCGCAAUCAGGCUGGAAGACCACCCACUCGGCCGCACGCCGCGAUUCCGCAGAGCGCAGAUGAUCGCAACUGGUGUUUGUGGGGUCGCGCUGGUGCUGGUGCUGGUGGUUCUGAUCCCGGUCAUGGUGAGCUCCGCCGGACCCCCUGCCCGCUACGAGAUGCUCGGAUCGUGUCAAAUGGUGUGUGACUCCCACGGGACUGCGGCCACGGCCACGGCCACGGCCAAGGCGACCAACCCGAUCAAAGACAACCGUCUGGUUCAGUCGCUCCCAACGUUCAUCCAAGGUCCACAGGGAGAGCCGGGGCGGGUCGGGAGAGUGGGUCCCAGGGGUCCAAUCGGCGAGCCCGGGCCACCUGGAUCUACUGGACCUCCCGGGGAGAGGGGGCCACCCGGUCCCCCGGGUCCACCCGGGCUGCCGGGGGUCAAUGGGCCAACCGGUGCCAUCAGCGCAGCCACUUACAACACAGUCCCAAAGAUAGCGUUUUACGCGGGGCUGAAGAAGCAGCACGAAGGCUACGAGGUUCUAAAAUUUGACGACGUGGUCACAAACAUCGGCAACCACUAUGACCCCGCGACGGGCAAAUUCACCUGCUCCAUUCCCGGGAUUUACUUCUUUGUUUACCACGUGCUGAUGCGAGGCGGCGAUGGGACGAGCAUGUGGGCUGACCUCUGCAAAAACAACCAGGUGAGAGCCAGCGCCAUCGCUCAGGACGCCGACCAGAACUACGACUACGCCAGCAACAGCGUGGUUCUCCAUCUGGAGCCCGGGGACGAGAUUUACAUCAAGCUGGACGGGGGGAAAGCCCACGGGGGCAACAACAACAAAUACAGCACCUUCUCUGGCUUCAUGCUGUACGCGGACUGAAACACGGAGGAGCGCAGAAGAAAAAGAGAGUGGAGAGGCAGAGGGAGAGAGGGAGUUUGCUUCUCUUCUCAGUUCGCAGCCAAAACUGGGACGCAGCUCGAUGUUUCAAUGUUUAAAUGAAUCGACAGUAAGGUGGAAGUCGUGCAAAAAAACAAA